UACCUUCACAGUGUCAGGUUCUGUGGUGUUUUAUCUCUGGAGAGGCUCGCACCUUCUUGCUUUUGGGAGAAUAAAGUUUCUACAAAAUGGCAUCUGAAUUUUACAACUUUUCUGCUAAGCUCCUAUCGGGGGAGACGUUGAAUUUUUCGUCGCUUCAAGGCAAAGUUGUCUUGAUUGAAAAUGUGGCGUCCCUCUGAGGUACGACCACCAGGGAUUACACCCAGAUGAACGAGCUCCAUGAGCGCUACGCCGCCAAGGGGCUCGUUAUCCUGGGCGCUCCCUGCAACCAGUUCGGCCAUCAGGAGAACUGCAAAAAUGAAGAAAUCCUGUUGUCCUUGAAAUACGUCCGUCCUGGGAAUGGUUUCGAGCCGAAGUUCCGGCUUUUGGAGAAGUUAGAAGUGAACGGCAAAGAUGCGCACCCUUUGUUCGUUUAUCUGAAAGAGAAACUACCUACGCCCAGUGACGAACCCUCCUCCCUCAUGAAUGACCCCAAAAGCAUCAUCUGGAGCCCUGUGUGCAGGAAUGACAUCGCCUGGAACUUCGAGAAAUUCCUGAUCGCUCCAGAUGGGAUCCCCUUUAAACGCUACAGUCGCAGAUUCCUGACAAGUGAUAUUGAGGGGGAUAUUAAGAAGCUGCUAAGCCAGGCACGCUAGGCAAGGCUAGGCUAAGCUAAAAUACAUGGAAACCGUCCAAAGCAUCUGUGCUCUCAGUGUGGUUAAUGGGUUUGUGUCCUGUGCUUUUACUCAAUGAAGCUGUCCUCUGAAGCCACUUGUGAGGAGGGCAUCUGAUCAAAUGUAAAAUGCAGGAGUUGGCAGAUGUAUUGGCUGCAUAGAAAGCACAGGAAUCAUGUAGACGAUGAUCAAUAAAGUUUUUAACACAAAUUCAAAA